AUGGCUGAAACGAGUGUUGAUUACUCCGAAAAAUUUAAAUUAAUAAAGGAUACAAGCGCAGAAUUCUUAAAAUUGGCAAUCCCUUUUGGGGAAUUUUUAAACGCCUCAUUAAAUAUUACAGGCAAGCCAGAUUCUGUUGAAUAUAAGGCGCUCAAAAAAAUGAAUUUUUAUUUCAAUUAUCAAUUAAAUCGACUUGAUGAAAGAAUUUCUUAUAGAUUCGAAGCUGAAGAAAUGAAUGCAGAAUUCUGGAAGUUUGACACUUUCAUAACUAUUCAAUUAGAUGUACUUACCAGGAAAAUCCCAUACUUCACAGACCCUACAAUUGCUAAGACUAAUGAUGCAAUAAGAGAUCUUUUAGCAUAUUGUCUUGGCACUAAUGGGAUCGAGGAAAUGGCUGAGUAUAUGAGAAAGCGUAUAACAUUUGGAUGCUCCUUCGACAACACUAAAGUAUACGAAAAAAUAACGAAAAUUUUUAUAAAUCUAGAGGGUCGUUUUAAAAUUAAAGUAUGGGAUGGCCAUGAAAAGAAACUUAAAAAAAGUAAAUUUAAUCAUAUUUCUAAGUGUUUUUGGAAGUAAUUUUUAGUAAAUUUCUGAUAAUUUAUUUUUGAAUAUUGAAACAAAAAUGUGUCUGGAAAUUAAAAAAUUUCUGUAAAAUAAUUUUUUGAAUUUUUUAUUAAUUACAAAUAAAUUGAUAAUUUUUAAAGGAAUCCUUAAUAAUAUUUACUCAAUGCCCGCUUAUAAAACUUUUCAAAUAUUUGAAAAUAUUGAACAAUCUAUAAAUGGCAAGUUUUACUACAUAUUAUGAGUUUUAUUUAAAUAAUAAAUGAUCAAAAGAAAAAGGCCAGAUUACGCAUCCAAUCAACCUUCACCCAUCUAAAUAAUAAAAAGAUUAUCCGUUUUUGGCAUCCAAUUGCAUUUUUAUGCGUCCUUUAAUAUUUUUUAAGUACCCGGUUCUGCACUCUAGUACCACAAAAUCUAUGGGAAAGAGAUCUACUUACCUGUCAUUCUACACACACGAUACCGACCAUAGGUUCUAACACAAAGAACCGAGUACUUAUAAAAUGUCAUUGGACGCUUAAUCAAAACAAAAGCUAAACAAGAAUUUUAUUGUUAAAUUAUUAUUAAAAUUACAUUAAAAAAUUAAAUUAAACAAUAAUAGGUAUACUAAUUUUCUUAUUAUUUUAAAUAUUUUUACAAAGUUUUUAAAAUAAAAAAACAUUUUUAGCUUGCGAAAAUCUAGUAAAAACUUAAAAAUCUAUCGUUUUUAUCUAGAUUUUGAAACUUUCGAAUCAGCAAUUGAACAUAUACAUAAAUUGACAAGACUUAAAAAAUUACCAGAUCCUGCUAAUAGAUGCCUAACAGAUGCUGUUAUAAACGGAAACAAAUAUAAUAGAAUUAAAAUUUCAUUAUUCGAAGCUCUAGUUCAAAUCGAGCUUUCAAG